AUGUCUGGGGACGUCCAGUUCGUGGCUCCCCUCUCCCAAGCGUUCGGCUAUGGCAUUAUCCUGGGACUCGGCUUUGCGUUUGCGCUCCUAAUGAUUUUCAUUACUUGGGCUUUGAAACGCUACCAGUAUGAAGUCCAAACUUCUGAGAUGUUCACCACUGCAGGACGAUCCGUGAAGUCGGGUUUGGUCGCGGCCGCUGUGGUAAGCAGCUGGACCUGGGCGGCGACUCUGCUGCAGUCGUCGGCUGUUGCGUACAAGUAUGGCAUCUCAGGCCCGUUCUUCUAUGCAUCCGGUGCAACCGUUCAGAUCCUCCUCUUCGCAACGCUGGCAAUUGAGCUAAAACGGCGAGCCCCCAAUGCACACACCUUCCUUGAAGUCAUCCGCGCCCGCUAUGGAACAACCGUGCACGUCGUUUUCAUCAUCUUCUGCCUGAUGACCAAUAUCCUAGUCACAGCAAUGCUACUCACGGGCGGCUCAGCCGUAAUGACAGCCCUGACAGGUGUAAACACAGCCGCGGCCUGUUUUUUGCUUCCCAUCGGCGUCGUGCUAUAUACUCUGUUCGGCGGAAUCAAGGCGACCUUCAUCACGGAUUAUAUGCACACCGUUGUCAUCUUGGUCGUUAUCUUCCUCUUCGCAUUUUCGGCGUACGCGACUAAUGCGAAUCUCGGGUCGCCGGCGAAAAUGUAUGAUGCUUUGGUUGCGGCUGCGAAGAGGCAUCCUGUUGAAGGGAAUGCAGAGGGGAGUUAUCUGACUAUGCGCUCGAAGGAGGGUGGGAUUUUCUGGGUAAUUAAUUUGAUCGGAAACUUUGGCACUGUUUUCCUCGACAAUGGAUACUAUAACAAAGCCAUCGCUGCGAGUCCCGUCCACGCAUUCCCUGGCUAUGUCAUCGGCGGACUCUGCUGGUUCGCGAUUCCCUGGCUCUGCGCCAGCACAAUGGGAAUCUCCGCGCUAGCCCUAGAAGGAUCCCAGCGCAUCAGCCCCGACGAUGUGACUGCAGGCCUCGUGCUCCCCUUCGCCGCCGUCAAGCUCCUCGGCUACAGCGGUGCAGUGGCCACAACGCUCAUGAUCUUCAUGGCCGUGACGUCCGCCUUCUCGGCGCAGCUGAUCGCCGUCUCCUCCAUCGUGACAUAUGACAUCUACCAAGCGUACAUCGAGCCCGCAGCCAAGGGCAAGAAGCUGGUGUGGAUCUCGCACAUGUCUUGUAUUGUUUAUUCCCUUAUUAUGGCUGGCUUUUCGACGGGUCUUGCCUAUGCUGGUAUUGGGAUGGGGUAUCUCUAUUUGCUUAUGGGUGUUAUCAUCUCAUCUGCUGUCUUUCCCGGAGCUAUGACUCUCCUCUGGAAGGGACAGAAUUGGAUUGCUGCUGCUGCAUCGCCGCCACUGGGAUUGGCCGUUUCUCUCAUCGCGUGGCUGGUCACUGCAAAAAAGGAGUACGGUGUCUUGAAUGUCACUACCACCGGAUCCAAUUACCCCAUGCUAGCCGGCAACGUCGCCGCCCUCCUCAGCCCACUGGUCUUCGUGCCAAUUCUAACCUACACCUUCGGCCCACAAAACUACAACUACGAAUCCAUGCGGGCAAUUCGCAAAGUCGACGACACCGAAGUCACUGCUGCCGCACACGUAGACCCAGAGCUGGUCCCCGGCGAAACCGAUCCCGUCCAAACCGACGCAGAGAAAGAACAAGAAGCGCGUAAACUCGACCGCGCAGCACUGUACUCCCGCACACUGACUGUGUUCAUGACCAUUGCGUUUCUGGUCCUCUGGCCCAUCCCCAUGUACGGCUCGUCGUACGUCUUCAGCAAGAAGUUCUUCACGGGAUGGGUGGUUGUUGGUCUGAUUUGGUUGUUUUGUACACUUUGUGGGGUUGUUAUCUUCCCGCUCUAUGAGGGCAGAGAGAGUAUUGUGCGUACUGCGCGGCUUAUGGCAUUGGACCUGAUGGGUAGGAAGCCCAUGACUGUUUAUCGGGGUCGGAAGGCUGAGGGGGAGGCUUCAAGGUCUGGUGUUGCGACGCCGACGGAGAAAGUUGGCGAUGAUAAAGCCAAAGAAGCUUUGGGGAGCUCUGCUUGA